AUGGCAGCGGUGAUGGAGAAGCCAAAGUUACUCCCUUUGGAUAGAGCCGAGGCUGAAAUAUGGAAUCGCGACCUGAUGGAAGCCUUCCGCCACGCACUGGAGGAGGACCCAGCAGCAGACCUUCUGUCUGUUGUCGGGAAGAGAUAUGUCGCUGCACAUCGUGUUGGUCAAUAUUCAGGACUAUCUGAGGCCGCUCGGCUAAACUUCGAAACCAUUGAUCAUCUUCAAGAUGGGGCACUUUCCCGGCCCGAAAUCAAUUUGCGCGAUAUUUUCCCCACCGAUUAUGAUCGCCUAUACAGAUGGGCCAAACCGGAGGAAGAAGAAAAGGAAUCCCUAGAAAGUCCCCUACCAGCACAGCAGCGAAGACAGCCCCUCGACUGGCUUCGCAAAAGAAUUGAACCUGUCAGCACCGCUAACACCAUAUACCCACUUUCUGCCCAAGCGUCGGCGCUCCUCUAUCAACACCUUCCAGCUGAUGGUUCUUCUGAGGAACUAUCCCUCACGGCAGCUGUGAAAAAUUUAAUGUUGAAUUCCGACAUAAUCUUUGAACUUAGCAUUAGAUGUGGUGCUGUCGUCAGGUGCAGUGACGACCUUGUCAUCAAGACCUUUCCCAGCAGUCGAGAUCUUACUGAAUACCACAAUCUCCAGUAUCUCGCUGAAAAGUUUCCCGACCUACCAAUUCCUAAACCUCAUGGUCUCAUCAUGCUUGGUAGUAUUGGUGCCAUGUUCAUGUCAUAUGUUCCGGGUACCACCUUAGACAAAGUAUGGUCGCGCUUAUCCCAUGAAGGAAAAUUAUCCAUUCAGAAGCAGCUAGACGAUAUAUUCUCUCGUCUCAGAGGUCUACGUCAGGAGGAUGGGCCUGAACUUGGGGGCGUACGCGGAGAAGGAGUCAAAGACUACCGCAUUAUGGAAACCUAUGCGUACAAAGGCAUAACCACAGCCAGGGGCUUUAACGAACUGCAGUUCUCAGCAAAGCAUCGCGCAAGUCCUUCCUACGCCAGAUUACUUCGGUCUUUCUUGGAUGAGGAAAAUGAAACUCUGCAGGGAUCUGUAUUUACCCAUGGCGAUUUGAAGAAAUCCAACAUCAUGGUGCAAGAAGAUCCAGAAAUUGCCGACUUUUACGUGGUCACCGGGAUCAUUGACUGGGAGGAUGGCGGCUUCUAUCCUGAGUACCACGAGUCCACGACGCUGUCGAAUGGACAGAGCAUCGAUUCUGACGACGACUGGUACCUGUAUGCGCCACACUGCAUCUCUGCCUUACGGUUCCCUGUACGCUGGCUAGUUGACCGACUUUGGGGCAACCUUUUAUGGAGUUGGAGGACUGACAUAGUACGAUGA